UACAGAGACCAUUUCUGGUGAUGCUGUCAUUGGAAGGCCAGAUGGUUAUGACGACACCAACCCUCCAUCAAGUCUCCUUGUUGAUGAAGCUACAGAGACCAUUUCUGGUGAUGCUGUCAUUGGAAGGCCAGAUGGUUAUGACGACACCAACCCUCCAUCAAGUCUCCUUGUUGAUGAAGCUACAGAGACCAUUUCUGGUGAUGCUGUCAUUGGAAGGCCAGAUGGUUAUGACGACACCAACCCUCCAUCAAGUCUCCUUGUUGAUGAAGCUACAGAGACCAUUUCUGGUGUUGCUGUCAUUGGAAGGCUGGAUUGUUAUGACGACACCAAUCCAUCAUUUAGACAUGGUUCAACAAGUCAUUCUGUAUUGUUUAUAUCUGAUGUACUGCAGAAAGGAAAUGUCGAAAUGGAAUGAAACACCGAAACGAGUUGUAAUGUAUUUUGCCUUCAAAAUUGGGAAAUCACAAGUAGAAACAGUUAUGAUGGUAAAUCAAACUCGCAGACGAAAGAAUGUCAACGAGAGACUUCUUCAUAGAUGGUUUCAGAGAUUCUGGGCGGAACUGAAUAUGGAGUUCAUUGCCAAACAUGUCAACAACAUUGUAAAUACUUUAUCAGAGAUGAUGAAUUGCAGUCUAACCAAAUGUGAUGAAGGUGAUCAUAAACGUCACCAUGAUUUCAUUAAAAGCCCAGAAAAAACAUACACAGAAAAUUACAUAAAGUAUUACUUUGGGGCCAAAUAUAUAGAACCAGAGGAUUUUGAAUACCUUCAAGAAGUACUUGGAGAAAGGAUGUGCACUAACAAACUUUUACCAGGGGUAAUGAACAAAGACCGCGAUAACAGUUUAAAACAAGCCGGCUCAGACAUUGAGAGGAUACAUAUCUUUGUGGCAUAUAGUAUUAAAAAGUUUUAA